UCCAAAGGAAGUGUUGUGGAGUUUGUGUUGCAUGUGUGAUUGGAGACUUUUCCUCUGGUAACGGUUCAGACUGUAAACCCUGCAGUGAAAGGCAAUAUUCGUCUGAAAGGUUGGAUCAGUGUUUGAACAAAACAGAUGAGUUUCUCCCGUGGUUGGAUCCCUUCUCGAUCAUCCUCUGUUCUCUGGCAGCCACUGGGAUCAUUAUUACUGUUGUGUUUGCUGUUCUGUUUGCAAUCAAUCUUGGAACUCCCGCUGUGAAGGCAGUCGGAGGUUAUAUGUGUUUCCUUGAGCUUCUAUCCCUGCUGGCCGGCUUCUGUCUUACGUUCACUUUCCUUGACAGACCUACUCAGAACUUAAACUGUGUCGGUGUGCCGCUCUUUGGUAUAGUCUUCACCGUCUGCAUCUCUUGCAUUCUGGCCAACUUGUUUCAAAUCUUGUUGGGCUUCAACUUUGAUCUGACGAUAGGGCCCUGGAUAAAGAAGCUAAAUCAACCACUGGUGCUGGUGACUGUUGUCUCUGGGAUCCAGGUGGCCGUGUCAGUGUCAUGGCUGAUCUUCAACCCACCCACUCCUCAAGAGACGCAAGGGGGCACAACUAUCCUGCACCAGUGUGAAAUGACGUCCUUUGGGUACUUUUCAGCCAUGUUAGUCUACAAUGGUUGCUUGGGCCUUACUUGUUUCCUGUUUGCAUUCAAAGGUAGACGGCUGCCAGACUUGUACAAAAAUGCUUCUUUAAUCACUAUCAGUAUGCUGCUGUUUAUGGUCAUGUGGAUCAUCUUCCUCCCACUUUAUCUCACCAUGUCAGGGAAGUACAAACCAGCAGUACAAGGUGCAGCCAUCCUUACUUCCUGCUUCAGUAUCCUCUUCAGUCACUUGGCCCCCAAGUGUUUUAUUAUCUUGUUCAGGAAAGAGCUUAACCAAGAGAGCGCCAUCACUGAGUACAUUUGGAAGCAUUAUGAGCGGAAGGGCAUAUCUGUGAUUUGCACACAACACUGAUUUGCAAAGAAAUAAAUCUUGGAGUCAUGUUAUAUUCCCUGGCAGUUUAUGGUAAGGCCCUUGAUAUUGAAGACUUUCUGUUACCCCAUUUCAACCUUUCUGACUCUAACCAUUUACAUAGUCAUAGUCAAUUCAGAGUAAUGUGCGUACAGGGGAGUGCUGAAGCUAUCCCAUCUCUCAGUGAGCAAGUGGCUGGGUACACCCUGGCCACAGGAAUUUCCAGUUGUAAUAUUAUCAUCAGGAAAGUGUUUACUGUGGCCUUAGAUCCAGGAAGCCAUGGGCUAUUCCCCAUAGACAGUUGGAAUUCUUUCUGUGACCAUGAGGCACUCCGGGUGGCCCUUUUGUCAAUCAGGCACAAGAAUUUCCCUUUAUUAGGAGCCGUCUUGAAAUCAAAGAGGCCUCCUCAUAAUGUAAACUUUAAGCCUUAACAAAAUGAAACAGGUGACCAAUAAAGCAGAAAAGAAAC